AUGCCUGAUUCCCACACGUAUAUUUCCCUGCAGCAUCAGCAUGUCCACUGGCGAUAUUUCGCUGUGGGCCAACACUUGUCGAGGACCACAAACGCCAAAGAAGCCGUUCCUUGGCUGGAGGAAGUGAAAAGGCGCCUGCGAAACCAAACGCCCGGACCCCUGGCUGUGGAUAAAGCAGAGGUCCUGUUGCUGUUGGCAGAGACGUACAUCAAAUCGAAGCACUAUGCAGAGGCUCUGCCCAUCCUUGAUAGGGCCCUGAAGCACAACAUCGCCGACGCUGUGCUCCUGCGUCGCAGGGAGGAGGUCCAGCAGCUGAUUACGAAGGAGCCCAGCACCGUCUUGGAUAACGGCGAGCCCAAGGACAAUUCCAAAGUGGCUAUAUUGAAGUGGGGAUGCAGAGGCUUCUCCAGAGAGCAGUCCCCUAAGGCACUCCACUGCUGCUACAACUUUACGACUACGCCCUUUCUCCGCCUGGCGCCCCUCAAAAUGGAGCUACUGGGGGAGCAUCCCUAUGUCGUGGUCUACCACGACGUCCUCUCCGACUCGGAGAUAGCCGGGAUCCUCGAAAUGGCAGAGCGAAGGAUGGCCGAAUCGGACUUCCUCGCCGACCCGCACAGUUUUGGGCGCCUGGCUGAAGCGCUUCAGCAACACCCUGACGCGUCGGAUCGCUCGGCGAGUGAGGGACAUGAGUGGCCUCCAGUUGGAGGGAUCGGGGCGGAUGCAGGUCAUCAACUACGGCAUCGGGGGGCACUACGUGCCCCACAAGGACUGGUUCACGCAACAUUAGGAAGUGAUGGGCAAUCGCAUGGCUAG